AUGAUUGUCUCCGGUUCUUUCGAUGAGAUAGUUAGGGUUUGGGACGUGAAAUCCGACAAAUGCUUGAAGGUGCUUCCUGAACAUUUUGAUCUCGUAACUGCUGUGAACUUUAAUCCAGAUCGGACAUUAAUCGUGUCCAGUAGUUACGAUGGAUUGUGCAGGAUUUGGGAUGCAUCCACAGGGUCUUGUAUGAAGACUCUGAUCGAUGAUGAAAACCCCCCUGUUAGCUUUGUCAAAAUUUCCCCAAAUGGAAACUUUUUUCUUGUAGGUACCCUGGAUAGCACAUUGGUGAGUGAAUUCUUAUUUCUUUUCCUAGAAAUCAGUAAUUCACAUCUUGUUCAUAGUAUUCACAAUGAUAAUCUUUUCCCUUGA